GCGCGGGGGAGGGACGCUGCCCCUUUAAGCGCAGCCGGGGGAGCCAGCCGGAGGGGUGGGGGCGCCGCCGGGUGGGAGGCCGGGAGGCGGCGCGGCUUUGACGGCCCCAGGGCCCCGGCCCCACUUCCUGGCCGACGGCCUCCAAUGGUGAGCCGGAGGAUGCCCGUGUUAAUUACAUAAGCAGAACGUAAAUAAUUCGCGGGAAAAAAAAGCGAAAAAGAUGGCGACCCGCAUCCCUCUGUCCCCGGCUUGAGUCGGACUCCAGCUUCUUCAGCUGAGACAUGGCCGGUACUCCCUGCCCCUUGAGAGACUGACAGACGGAGGGACGGAGGGGACGGACAGACGGACGGAGGGGACGGACAGACGUAGAGGUGCCACACCACUCACCUCCCCCGCCCUAGCCCUAGCAGCUCCCAAUCCGGAGCCUCUCCAUCAGCCCCCAGCCCUCUCCUCCAAUGCGCCUGGUGGCCAGACUCCAAGUGGGACCGCCGGACGGACGCGCAGCCUCGGGGUAAGGACGGCGCCCUUGCCCUGCCCCGCCCUCGUUCUGUCCCGCCUGGGUCCCUUGAGGGGCUGGAGCUGCCGGGAGUGUUCUGUUUGACACACCGACUCCACCCCACCCCACCCCAACUGAUCGGACUCCCUGUGAGAUUUUCCUGAACUCUCUACGAGGGGUUUUUCUCUACGAAGCAAUUCUCGAGGUCCCACUGGGGGACGGGAAGGGAAGGGGUUGGGCAGCUGUUCCUAACACCUGGUUUUUGAUCCUGGAAGUGAAGGGAUUUCAAGUUCUUCGGUGAUGUGUGACCACUCUCUACCUUCACUCAGAGAGGAGUAUAAUGAACUGAAGAGAGGGUGGUCAAAACUGAUGGAGAACCUCUCUCUGGAGCCUGAAAUCCAAGAUGACUGUGGGCCACCCAGGGCAGCGGGUGCUCCCACAAAGCCCAGGAACAACUUCAAAGACUUGAUGGUCAAGCUGACUGAGGGCCAGUAUGUGCUGUGCAGAUGGACGGAUGGACUGUAUUAUCUUGGAAAGAUUAAAAGGGUCAGCAGUUCCAAGCAAAGCUGCCUUGUGACCUUUGAAGAUAACUCCAAGUACUGGGUCUUAUGGAAGGAUAUCCAACAUGCUGGUGUUCCAGGCGAAGAGCCGAAAUGCAACAUCUGUCUGGGAAAAACAUCUGGACCCCUGAAUGAGAUUCUCAUCUGUGGAAAGUGUGGUCUUGGUUACCAUCAGCAAUGCCAUAUCCCCAUUGCAAGCAGCACCGAAGGGCCCCUGCUAACACCAUGGUUCUGCCGCCGCUGUAUCUUCGCUCUGGCUGUGCGGAAAGGUGGCGCGCUGAAGAAAGGAGCUAUUGCCAAGACCUUGCAAGCAGUGAAAAUGGUACUCUCUUACAAGCCUGAGGAGUUAGACUGGGACUCCCCACAUCGGACCAACCAGCAGCAGUGUUACUGCUACUGCGGAGGUCCUGGAGAGUGGUACCUAAGAAUGCUUCAGUGUUAUAGGUGUAGGCAAUGGUUUCAUGAGGCCUGUACGCAGUGCUUGAAUGAGCCCAUGAUGUUUGGAGACAGGUUCUACGUGUUCUUCUGCUCGGUGUGUAACCAGGGACCAGAGUACAUUAAGAGGCUACCUCUAAGAUGGGUGGAUGUGGUUCACCUUGCCCUCUAUAACUUGGGAGUACAGAGCAAAAAGAAAUACUUCGAUUUUGAAGAAAUCCUAGCCUUUGUCAAUCACCACUGGGAUCUUCUUCAGCUUGGCAAGCUGACCAGCACCCCAGUGACAGAGCGAGGACCCCAUCUCCUUAAUGCACUGAACAGCUACAAAAGCAGGUUUCUCUGUGGCAAGGAGAUCAAGAAGAAGAAAUGUAUCUUUCGACUAAGGAUCCGGGUCCCUCCCAACCCACCUGGUAAACUGCUGCCCGACAAGGUGGUGGCUCUGAAGGAAAAUGGCGGCACUUCCUCUGACCUACAGAAGAGAGGGAAGAGCAAGUACCAAACUAAGCAUAGUUCGGUGCCUCAUGAACAGCAGAAAAGGCGAGUUGUUAGAAGAAAAAGAUCAAAAUUUUUGUUGGAAGAUGCUAUUCCCAGUAGUGACUUCACCUCAGCCUGGAGUACCAAUCACCACCUGGCCAGCAUAUUUGACUUUACUCUAGAUGAAAUUCAGAGUUUAAAAAGUGCCAGCUCAGGCCAAACCUUUUUCUCAGAUGUGGACUCCACUGAUGCUGCCAGCACGUCUGGCUCGGCUUCCACCAGCCUGUCCUAUGAGUCCAGGCGGACUGUGGGCAGCCGGAAGAGGAAGCUGGCAGCCAAAGCAUACACAUCCCUAGGGGCGAAGCGACGGGCAACAGAGCCUGGUGGGCGCUGCACCUCAGACAGCAGUGCUGAAGGGGGCUCGGGCCCUGAGAGACCUGAUGAUGGCAUUGAUAGCCACACUUUUGAGAGCAUCAGUGAGGACGAUUCCUCCCUUUCCCACCUCAAGUCCUCCAUCACUAACUAUUUUGGUGCGGCUGGGCGGCUGGCAUGUGGUGAAAAGUACCAGGUCCUUGCUCGAAGGGUGACCCCUGAAGGGAAGGUCCAGUACCUGGUGGAAUGGGAGGGGACUACCCCUUAUUGACCCAAUGUUGGAGAUGGGGGUGGGGGAAGAGUGGGAAGACAGUCUUUAAAGAGUCUUGUUAACCAAAGGAGAGAAGAGGGAAGUCUAUCCCAGGGGCCUACUAAGCUCUUGGGCUUCUCUCUAUCCCCAGGGGUUUCAAGGGAGAUGGGAAUUUAGUGAUGCUCAGCUCUAGAAUUUCAUGCCUUUUGGAAAGGCUAAGAUAAAAGCUUUGGAGCAGAAGCUCCCAUGGUGAUUAACUGAGCUCCUAGCUUGGACUGACUUCUCUCUUCUCACGUUCUCUCCCUUUUGUGUCUUUUUUUUUUAAAAUUCUCUGCCUCUUUCUGUGUUUUUGUCUCCUUCCCUAGUCCUGCUUUACUCUUUCUUGAUGUCUGUCCAUAUUUCUCUCUGCAUCUUCGUCUCUGUACCUACAUGUCUUACCUGUCUAGGUGUUUCUUUCUAUUCCAUGAUACAAGUCUGCUUUUGUCUUUUUUUUUUUUUGGUCUGUCUUUCCUUAUCUAUUCCUCUCCACCCCAUUUCUCCACCCUUCCCCAAGCUAUAUUAUUUUAGUAGCUGAAUAUAUGCAGAGGGCAGCUGCUACAUGCCCUUCUCUGACCUGGCCUUGGGUUCUCAUGGCAUGAGAGUGCCUUUAGCAUAGUGGGGAAUUGUAAAGGGGGGCAGGGGGGAGGGGAGUUCAUCUCUCUAGAGUGUGAAGGAGACCCUCCUGCUAGCCCCCUCCUGCAGCUUUCCUGUCACCUCCAAUCUCCCCAGACCCAACAUGAAUGUGGAUUCCAUUGGUGGGGUAAAGGUGAGAUUGAGAAUGAGUAGGACAAAGACAUAAAUGCAACCUCAUACUGCCCAACUGUAUGUACAGGACAGAGGAAUUCCUCUAUUGGAUGAGGGGCUGCACCCCUACCAUACCCACCCAGAAUGAACAACAAAAAGGGUUAUUUCUUUCCAUUGUAUUUAUUUCUUAUCUUAGUGGAAUGGCAUUUAACUUUGAAGAAUCUCCAUUUCCCUUUUAACAUAACCGAAACCCCUUCUCCUCUCCCCAAACUUUGCUGUGAAGCUGAGAUAGAAAUCACUUGGUCACUGAGGGCUUUCUGUGUUGGGAGCCCUGGAUCAGGGGAAAGAGGGAAGACAAGAACUUGACCAAAGGCAGUGCCCCAAACCCAGCUUCUUCCGUUCCUGGGAUCCUGGACACACAUCCCAUUUCCCCCUUUCCUGGGGGCAGUCAGAUGAGUUCAUUAAGCGCAGCCUUUCCUGGGAACAAUCCCUUCACCCAGUUCCUGGAACAGGAAGGCUAAGAGAUGGAGAUGGGUGUUGAAUGUACAUGUGUUUAAGGAUAGGGAUGCUAUAACGAGGAUCGUGGUACUUUAGAUCUCAAAGAAACCUCAUGAGGCAAUUAGCUCAACCUGACUUUUUACAGAUAAGGAAAUGGAGUGGUGGUGUCAGGGGUAGAGUAUUAGACUGGGAAUUCAAGGAUCUAAAAGAAUGUUGACUCUGGAAUCAGAGGCUGGAUUCAAAUCCUGCCUCUGUGACUUCGGAUGAGUCACCUAAUUUUUCUUGACCUCAAUUUCCUCAGUGGUAAAAUGAGACUGGAUGGCCUCUCGGGUUCCUUCUAGCUUUUAGCUAUAUGAUCCAAUUUUGAAUCCUGUUUCUCUUAUUUAUAAUCCAUGUGACCUUGGGCAAGUCACUAAAUCUCUCUGAGCCUUAAUUUUCUUCCUCUGUAAAAUGAAGAGGUUG